AUGCGUAUUACCGACAUCAAUGAUUCUGAAAACACUAAUAAUCCUGAAGACAUCAAUGAUUCAAAAAAUACCAAUAAUUUAAAUACAUCAAUAUUCUUGAAAACAUCAAUGAUCCUAAAGAUAUCAAUAACUCAGUAG